UUUGGCAAAAUAACUUGCACUGACUCUGAAUCUGUAUUUAUAGCGAAUAGCCCAGCAGUUGACUAGUUACUAAUUACAAUUGUACACUCUCCAUCCACAGAAAGCAGCGUGGCGAUCUACUCGGCAACUUCCCGGGGAAGAAUGCAACUGAUUUACGGUGGACAGCCAUUCAUCUUCGAGAAGACCUUGAAACUGUCUUCGGGAGAGGAGAAGCGCUUCUGGCGCUGCAACCAAUGGUGGAACCAAAAGUGUCGGUCCCGUGUCUUUACCAUCAACGAUGUUGUCUGUCCGCUUAACCGAUUCCACACGCACGAGGAGAUUGUGCGCCGAAAGAAGCGAGUGCGCCGCGUGCCACCGGUGGAGACGAUUGCCAAGGUGGUUGCUACAACCCCGAGGCAACCGCAGCCGCAACAGCCAACCCAGCAACAACAAGAGAUUCAGAUGACCAGCGAUGCAAUUGCUGGAGCAAUACUGGACGACGAAUCCCCAGCCACAAUCGAUGUCAGCGAGCUGGGGAUGCACCUGAAAUACGAAGAAAUCGUAGCGGAUGUCACGGGAAUUGUGGGAGCCACGCGAGUGGUCAGCCGCAGGAAGUGAAGAUUGCUUUUUUUUCUGACGAAAUAUCGCAGGGUCAUUUUCCUUCUUUAUCAAAACUCAUGCUUUGAGUUUUCAUUUUUGAACUUGCCACGUCGAAACCCAAAAGCCAGACAGUUUUGAUGAAUUUAAAAAGGCUAAAUACAACUACUAGCCAAUAUUAACAUUUUUAUUAUUAUUUAGGAACAUAUAUUUAAACCUUUUUUACUAAGUGUGAAGAAACCUAUUCCAAAGUUUCCUCCCUUUAAUUCUAAAAUUUUAUAAAUUGCGUCAUGAUUUCUUAUGACAUUUUUGACACUUCUAGAUUACAUUCUGUUCCUUCUGUUAUGCCUUUAUUUAAACAAAAUUGACUUAGCUUACUUCCAUAAUUAUUAAUACAAAACUGCGUUUUAGGAGACGGACAAGCUAGCACUUAUGAUUCAGCUUAUAAACAAUUUAUUAUGUGUACAUUUAAUAAAAGUGACGUUCCCCAGUUCUACUUCACUAAGGGUCAGCGUGAGUCUGUCAAACUGAACUACAACGGUCAUAGUUACGUAAAGUUUAUGGAGAAUGGCCGCGGCACUAAGUGGAUCUGUGCCACCCGCUCCACUACAAAGUGCCGUGCUCGCAUCCGCACCACAAAAAACAACCGCCUGGAAGUACUGCAUGCGUCCCACAAUCACGACCUUCCACCGCAGAAGAAGGAUCGCGGUCGAAUUCGCCAAAGGAUGAGAUCCAAAAAGUAAUUGAGAGUGUGACUGAAUAUAGCAAACCUCGAACAGGGAGGUUUUUCCUUACUAUGCAACUCUUUUUCGGUCAAUUUCAAAGGUUUAAAAUAGAUAUAUAUUAUAUUGAAAGUCAUUGAUAGCACUGAUACUGAACCCUGAAAGCUUCCUUUAAAAUCGCUUGACUUGAAACCAUAUGGUCUUCUAAUUCUAAGCUGUCAACCAAUUCGCUAUCAUAAAUUUGUCUUGGGUUGGAGGCCAAUCUAAUGUAACCUUAUUCCUCUCCAUUGACCAUGCUCAAAGCUUGACGUGGUGUGGUAGAGCACAGACUCUUAGAUGAUCUUCCUAUCUCGAAAUAUGCAAGGGAAUAAUAACUUACAUGAUCCAAAUUUAAUAAAAUAAUUCGGCAAAACGAGGGCGCAAAAAGUUUAGUUUACCAAUAAAACAUUUUAUUUUUUUAUGCUUAAGUUUCCUACUGUAAAAUACAAAAGUAAAUUUUAAUUUUCGGUAGGGGACAAUCAAAGCCGAAUUUGCAGAAAUCAAAAUAAUAAAGGUCCUUUUUAAUCUUGGCCAUUAAAUUUGAACUUACAUCUUGA